AUAUUACUGUCACUUCCAGUAUCUUAGCCAGCAGAAUAAUAAACAAACACAUUAGUAAAUAAAUCUACUUAAAGAAAAUUACGGCAUUAAUUAUAUUAUUAAAACGUAUCUUAUUUUCAAAAUAAAUAUAAAUAACAUAUUUAAAUAAAUAAUCGUAUAGUUUGUUUAAAUCCUAAUACGUGUUUGUUAAUAAAUAACUCAGGUAAAAAAAAAAAUAAAUAAAAUAAAAUAAAUGAUCUUGACCGCGUCUCGUGGUGGUUUUAUUUUGUAGGGGACGGCGGACCCGUUUCCGGUCUUCUCGCGUGAUCUCUUGUGUACAUUGACGCCCAGUGAAUCGCGUUUCUGGAGAAAGAUAACGGGUCCUGGCCGAGGAGAAACGAAUUUUUUUUGCGCUGCGCGUCGCAUUUCACUCUCACAUGUCGAGUAUAUUUCGAGCAGCGUUCGUCUGGACCGAGCCUCGUUGAGCCCCGAGCCCGUUACUCGCUACUAAUGGGAGCUCGUUGGUGGUGGUAGUGGCGGUGGUGGUGGUGGUGAUGAUGAUGAUGAUGCAUCAGAGGAAUUAUUAUCCCGGUGUCUUCGUCUGAGAUGGAGCCAGCGACUCUCAAGUGGAGUAGCUUGCUAGCUAGCUAGCGGGAUUCACUGCAGCCGAGCAGACGUGGACUUGGGAUAUCUAAAUGGGUGCAGCGGCACUUUUAUCUCCCCCAGUUUGUUUUGCACCAUUAUUAUCGGACGCUUGCACCUCUGUCCUCCUCAGAUUUGAGACCUUCACCAUGCCUACUAGCAGACACUGCUAACUUAGCGGCUACACGUGACACAGUUUAUCUCGCUCCCACCACUACCACCCCCCCCCCCCCCUCUCCCCCUGUCCGUCCGUGGAUGCUUCAGUGACAUUAAUUGGACGGUGCGUAUCAGGAUGGCACAGCUCUUGGACGGGGCCGGCAAACUGGGCUGGGUUCUCCUCAAGGCUGUGGUCCGUUUCGUGUUUAUGUUCCUCAACAACUGUGUAGCCAUCCCAUCCUACUGCUUGUACCUGCUGCUCCUUCAGCCCCUGAGAAUAUGGGACAGCUCCACUUUCUGGCACAUUGAAGGGGUCAUGUUUAAAUGGUUGCUGUCCAUGGUGUCUUCGUGGGGCUGGGUUGCAGGUUACACAGUAACGGAGUGGGGUGAUGACGUGCGGCCGAUCUCCGAGGAAGAAGCCAUGGUCAUCGUCAACCACCAGUCCACAGGAGACGUGUGCACUCUCAUGAUGUGCCUACAAGACAAGGGCACGGUGGUACAAAAAAUGAUGUGGUUGAUGGACCAUGUGUUCAAAUACACCAACUUCGGCCUAGUGUCCCUCAUCCAUGGGGACUUCUUCAUUAGACAGGGUAAAGCCCACCGAGACAAGCAGCUGGUCUACCUGAAAGAUCACCUAGACAAAUACUACCACAGCCGUGACAGGAAGUGGAUAGUGCUGUUCCCCGAGGGCGGCUUCCUUCGCAAGAGGCGAGAAACCAGUCAGUUGUUUGCCAAGAAGAACUCUCUCCCCCACCUGACCCACGUCACGUUGCCUCGUCUCGGGGCCACACACAUUAUCCUGAAAACCCUGGCGGCCCAGCAGGAGAACGGCAGCGUGGGCAGCGACACCGUGACCCUGAACCAGACAGCUAAUAAACGUAAAGGCCUGCAGUGGGUAAUAGACGUGACCAUAGCGUACCCCAAAGCGAGACCCAUGGACAUCCAGACUUGGAUCUUUGGCUACAGGCCUCCUACAAUCACACAUGUACAUUACAGGAUGUACCCAAUAAAAGAGGUUCCUGUGGAGGCAGAGCCCCUGACUGACUGGCUGUACCAGAGGUUCGUGGAGAAAGAAAGGUUGCUGGCCCACUUCUACGACACAGGAUCAUUCCCUCCUCUAGACGGGCAGAAGGAGGCGGCUUCCCGGCAGAUGACCCUCGACCCCGUGUGGCUGUGCAUCAUCCAGUCGUUCGCGUUCGCCUCCGGCUACAUGUGGUACAACGUCCUCCAGUACCUCUACUGCUGUUUAUUUUGAGCGCGCUGAUGAGGCCGAGAGUCUUUAUCGGACCACUGGAAAAGCCUCAGGAUCAGUUGGUGUGUGGCCCAGCGUCAUACUAGCCCCCCCCCCCGCCCUCCGCCCUCCCCCCCCUCCCCCCUUUACGAUGGAUGAAUGUACAUUUGCAACAGUGGAGAGACUCAACAGGAAACUAAACAAAAAAAAAAAAAAGAUAAAUAAAUAAAAAUAACAUAUGAAGACAAGUACACAAACAAACAGAUUCCAAAAACCAACCAACCAACCAACCAUCCGUUAUUAAACUUGGUCACAGGUAUAGUUAAAUCGCACACAACCCCCAAACGCCACACAACACGCGCUCCAGCGGCCUAGCGAGAAUAAUCUGUCACUCAUCACGACUCACAUUUUGAUGUUUACACGUCCUCAUACUCGUAGACACUCACACGUACAUGACUUUUUAUUCGAAGCUAACGAGGCUCAGGACUCCUCCAGAUGAUGAUGAUGCUCUGGACCGGACUCUCUCUCUCUCUCUCUGUCUUUCUGUCUCUGCCCACCCCCCCUCUUCCCCCCCCCCCCCCCCCCCCCCCCCCCCUCCCUCCCUCCCUCCCUCCCUCCUAUCCUAGGCUUUAGCCGUAGUAGUUUUACAGAAUAUAAAAGUAUGUCUGGACGUGCGUGUGAGCGAAUAUUUGUGACUAGAAGCAUAAUGUCUGCCCUGGUUCUUCUUCUUCUUCUUCUUCUUCUUCUUCUUCUUCUUCCUGGCGAGAGUCGAUGAAGCCCACUGGACCUCUCUUUUUUCAGCCCGCUGGCCCGAGUCAGCCGGCUACACCUUUCAGAGCGAGCGGCCGUAUGGACGUUGCGGCGCGGCCGCUCCUCUGGCCUUCAUUGCACUAAGGAUCCAUACUGCCCUAACUGCUCCCUGGAAAUACUCCUCAACGGUAGCUGUUUUCAUUUCUCCUUUUUUAUUUUUUCUUCCCGCAUAUCUUCACAACAAUGGCCAUUGUAUUUGUUGUCGAUGCGUUUUUUUGUUUUUUCUUUUUGUCGACGUCGUCUGGACUUUUUUCCCCUCCUGUUUUUUUUUGGUUUUUUUGUUGUUUUUUUUUUGUCGAGGCAGUAUUGUGAGAGGAAAAAUAAGGGGAGGGGGGGGGAUCAUGUUUACACUGGUGGCCCUGCUGAAAGCCUAAAGGGAUGGUGGUUUUGAUGCUUUGAUGAAGGAUCCGUGAAGGGAGGAAAAACUUGUUUAAAAAAAAAAAAAAAAGAAAUAAUAAUAAUAAUUAAAGGUGGUAACACAGGGCAGGAUCUGAAGUCUGAUCACCUUUAAAAGUAACUUUCCCCCUUUUUCACCCCGCGCUCUCCACGACACACAUGAGUCUGACUCCAGGAUCAUUUCGUGGGGGGGGGAGGCAGACUGAGGAAGGCAGAGACUCUUAACCCGCCCCCCCUCGCCGCCCCCAUUGGACUACAUAGUUUUACAAAUAUUUAAGCCAUAACGCUUAGUGUCGUCGGGGUGGGGCAGAAAAAAAAAAAAAAAAAAGGUUUUAUAGAAAGCUACCCUUCAGCAUUCUACAAAUAGAGAUUUUGGCUUUACAGAAGUAUAGGUGUCAUUACUGUAAAUUUACAGCAUAACCUGCCUAAGUGAGUGUGUGUGGUUUGUCCUUUGUCCCCCGUCCCCGUCCCCUUCCCUUCCUCCCCAUUUUUGAUAUUUACAAUUCAUGUCGCUCCGUGACGUCAGAGCGCGACGGCGGCAACUUCACCUCCAGUGGUCGGAUUUUUAUUUCAUUUUAGAUCAGCUGUUCUCGUCCUCAUGUCAUGGUAUGUUUAAACCUUGUACAUAACGAAGCUGAGGAAGAGCUGCUGGAAAUGACUGAAGCGUCUCUCUCUGUCUGUCUUUCUCUUUUUUGGUCCGUGAUAAUUUCAAAGAACUUUAUUUUAAAAUAUGAAUGUUUUAAUGAAAAACAAAAAAAAAAGGAAUUAGAAAGCAAGGAUUUUCCUUUCACUUCUCAGUGUUACCCAGUUUUUUUUUUUUUUUUGUGUUGUUGUUGUCGUUUUUUUUUUAUUAUUAUUAUUUAACAUAGCUACUGUACGUCCGCAUGCACAGAGACACACGGGCCCAGUUUCAAACCUUUUUAAAUCAACGGGAUUUAGUAAAAAAAAAAUCUAUCAAGCCUUACUGGACGUCCUGGUUGACUACAAUCUCAAAUACAAUGCUGUUUCUGAGGAAAGUUUCAGGGUGUCGAGCUAAAACUGGGCCAGCGAGGAGCAGGAGGAGGAGGAGGAGGAGGAGGAGGAAGAAAUCACUUCAACGUUCAAUCUCGAAUGUACUCGUGUCGUGGUUUUGAGGUCGGUUAUAUGUAAUUUGCUUAGCCUGCUUUAAUUAUGACAGUUAUAGAGCAGCAGUAAUUAUCAUUGUCAUGAACCAAUGCAUAAAAAAGGUGCAUUGUAGUAGUCGCUGCCCUCUCUCUCUCUCUCUCUCUCUGUGCCACUGUCGGCUGAAAUAAACUGUGUGAAAUGCAAAAAAAAAAUGCAAAAAAAAAAGAAAACAGAAGGAAAAAAAAGGGCUACCUGACUAGGUAGGUCGAAAACGUUUCGAAUCAGGCUGUAAAUGUGUUUCAUCCCGCAGCCCUUUCAGACCCCCGACCCCUCCCUCAUCGUGAGAGUGACUUGAAAUGAAGCUUCAUCGUUUUUCUUUUUUUUUUCACCAUUUAUUUUUUUUUUAUAUUAUUAAUAUUUUCUUUUUUUUUUUUUUUUUGACCAUGUUUCCAAAGAAGGCAGGGAAAUAAUGUUUUCCUAGAUGUGGUUUUAGGAAAUAAACACAAUAGGGAUUUAAACAAAUUAUACUAGAACUGUCUGUAAUUUUUCCAUUUUGUACUUCUCCUUUAAUUCCUAGCUACACAGCCAUUUUACAACACAAAAAUACUUGUGCUGGAAUAAAACAUCAUAAAGAUCCUAA